AUGUACCUAUUGACUUUUGCGCUUGAAAGGCCCGGGAGUUGGCUUCAAUGGGAAGAUUAUGCGGGACAUAAUGCUACCUUCCACGAACCCUCUGGCCACAAAGAUAGGUCAGAUCAUGCCAGGUUGUAUCUUGAUCUGUUCAGAAAGACUGCCAUUGAUUGCGAAAAGAACCAAACGGAGUUGAUGAAGAUCUUCCAGAGCCGCGGGCUCGUAAGCUGCCAGGAGCAUAUACAUUCACUCUUGGAGCCAGAGGCACGAGACGACCUCCAUUUUGCUGUUCUGGAAGGCGUUCAAAACACGCUUGGUGCGGCAUUUGACUCUGGGCAUCGCAAAUUGAUCAAAGCCAAGGCAGAUAUUGCCAAUUCCCGCAGAGCUGCCGAGACUGACCUGCAGAAGCAUCAUUGUUGGUUUACUUACAAUGUGCACGUCGUGAUUGGAAUGAGUCCGCCCUGA